GAAUAUCAUGGAAAUGGGAAAUAUUUUUUUCUCAACCUUAUAACAAACGCUAACCAUGCAUUUUCGAAAAUGUUGUUCUUAACCUUGAAAAAACACUUAUGUAAGUGCAGGUGGUUCUCUCUCUACUAGUAACGCAAGUUCAUCAAAAAAGAAGAGUUCCCUUGAAAGCCAACCCAAAAAAGAUAAGGACUUUGAUGUCUUGGUCCCGUGUGCUGGACUCAGGAAUAUAAACAAUACUUGUUUUAUGAAUGCAGUUUUACAAGCUUUUACUCACAUUUUGCCACUGCAUAGGGGUCUUCUACUUCUUGAUUUAAAGUUACAUAGUAGUUGUCCCCGUGCUGAUGAAAACAAAUUCUGCAUUCUUUGUGCCUUGCGAAACCACUUGACCGAAGCUGGACAUCCUUCUAGGGACACAGUCAAUCCUUCUGAGCUUUAUAAUGGAUUGCAAUCUUUCAUGCCUGAGUAUACAACGGGUAAGCAUCAGGAUCCACACGAGUUCAUGAUUAAGGCCUUGACUGCACUGAAAGGAUGCUUGCUUGAGUACAAUAAUCUAAUUGAUCUAACAUUUAGGGGUGCUGUUGUUAAACAGCUUCGAUGUUGCUCUUGUAAAGCGUCUGAUGAACCAGUACACCUGGAAGUGUUUGAUCUGACUUUAAACAUAGACAAUGCAAGUGACACUCAGACGGCACUUGACAUUUACUUCAAUAUCUCAAAGAUUGAUGGUGCAGCUUGUAGUUUCUGCAACAAGGUUGGAUUCUGUGAGGAAAAGCGUUGGCUUCUAGAAGCUCCUUCUGUCGUCGUAAUUCAUUUAAAUAGGCUUGUGUUUGAGUUUGACCCUCAUAGUCGAAAAGGUCAUACUCGAAAAGAAAACAAGAAUGUUGGCUUCAAGAUGGAUAUAGAUUUAGAGCCAUAUGCCUUAAGCCCGACUGAGAAAGAAGGAUAUUGGAAAUAUGAUCUGUAUGCCAUUGUUGAACACGUGGGAGCUUCAGUUAAUUCAGGGCAUUACAUAUGCUAUGUUCGUUGUGUUGGAGAUCAAUGGUAUUCGAUGAGCGACACUGUGGUGACUAAAGUUUCUGAGGAAGCAGUGAUGUCCAAAGAAGCCUACCUUUUGUUUUAUUUACGGAAAGGUACACCCUGGUUCUCUAGUCAGGAGGUGCAAGCUACUGCUUCAAAGAAAAGGUUGAACAUGUCAAUUAUUGACAUUAACUAGCUGAGUAGAUGCUUGGGAAUCAGAAAGGAAGAAUAACCUAAGGAUAUUUUACUAGUGGCACGUUGGGAUCGGAUGAGGAGGCGGUAGCUAACAAUGAACAAGGAGGGAAUGAUCAAUGAUUUAGGCAUAUUGAACUUGUGUAGGUUUGGUAUAUGGAAUAUUGAACUUUGGUCCCAUCUUCAUAAGUCGAGAUCAUAAAGUUGGGUCGUGUACGUAUACUUUGUUGGAUUUGACAUGUUGAUUGAUCAUAUGUAUUUUAAGUGUACGUAGAGCAAUUUUUGAGGAUGCACUCUAUUAUGCAGCUAGGUUAUUAGCAAAAUUUGAUAAGUUGAAGCGUUCCCACCAUGAUCUACUAUAGGUCAUUGGUUUACAUAAAAAAAAUUAUGUGUUUUCUCUCAUUUCUACUACUUUGACCCUUCUAUUCUAACUCCUUCUAUUCUUACAUAUAUAAGUUUCACAAAUAAUCAAAACCAAUGUAACACUUUAAGUUGAUCGAACCUGAAAAUACAUUAUUCUGACAUUUGCUAUAAAAUAAAAAUUACAUAUUUGAAUAUCGUAAUUUCAUGCUGAAUUCAAAUGAUCCCCACAAACCAUCUAAAGGAAGCCCCCCUUGGACUCAUUAAAGGGUCGUAGUCAGACAAGUUUCAUUUUUCCUUUGUUUUGUUGCUAUAAAAAUCUUAUCUUAUAAUCUUAUAAUAAUAUAAAUGUAAAGAAAUUUUGCAUUCAAACCCUAGCAAAACCCUAAUGCAGCCCUGCCCAUUUUUACAGAUUUGCCCUUUGUUUGGAGCCAAAAUCAUGUCUUUCUAAAAUGACAAUUUAACCCUUGAUCUAAAACCAGGAGCAGCCCAUGGUAUUAUGGUAUUAGAAACCACUUUUGCAGCUUUUUUCUCAGCACAUGAUAUUAGAAAUCAAUUUUGAGCUUUUUUCUCACACCCUCUUCUCUUCCCUCUUCCAAUCGAUCACUUCUUCUUCAUCCCUCCCUCCCUCCCUCGUCCUUCUUCUUCCUUUAUUCUCCAUCUAAGGCUGAUUCUCCUUCCAUUUCACUCAACCAACAGGUUUCAGAUCGCAUCGCGCAUUGCAAUGGAUGGGAGGAUGGAUUCUGGAAGUUAAUCUUAGCCUUUGGAUUCUUAUACACCUCAAGAAUCAUUUUGGUGAUGAUUCGGCAUCGUUGAGUGAAAGUGAGUAUGAGAGAGAGAGAUUCACCAAGAAAUGAUGAAAGCUACUUUGCACUCUAAGUGUUUGAUAAAAGGAUCACUAUACCUUACACGAGGCUUUCUUGCUGGCACAGGUAGAACAAAAACAACUAGGUGGAAUGGCUGACCUAGAAAGCUUUAUGUAGAUUUGGACGAUUUUGACGUGGAAAAAUGAGAAGGGGUUGUCAAGGCUGCAAGGCACAUGCUGAGUAGUUGGAAUCAGACCAAUUUUCUGCUGGAACUUCACCAUAUUCAGGUCACAAAUCUACAACAAUCACUUGAAGAAAGUGUGAUGUUGGGUCAUAAAAUGCAGCGUAGAUGCAGGUGCACCUCUAUUUUAUCAACAAAAUAUGUAUGGAAUUGGGAUAUGCAUCAACAAUGACAGUGGUGAAUUCAUCUAAGCAAAAACCAAACACAAGAAACAACUCCUUUCUCCAAAAUAGGCAGAAGCUAUGAGACUUUCACAAUAUAUUAUUCGUACUAGGUGCUUAGUUUGUGUUUUCUACCAUACCUUUUUGCGAUACAUGAGGGAAAGAGUGCGGGAGGGGAUUGUGUGCAACGUGUGACGAAAAAUAGGAUACAUACAAAUGACAAUUGGAAAGUGACGUUGACUCCAAAUAUGCAUUUUCCAUUAUGGCACAAAGAAGCCGAGACAGUUACGCGACCGAUUUCAGUCAUGUUCACUAUUGUUUGUCCAUUAGUAUCUCCAGACAAGUUUUUUAUGCCUCUUCAUAUAAUAUGCAUAGUUUAGCUUUUUGCUACUUUGAUAUUUGUCUAUGUACUUGGUUUGGAUACGAAACACAAGAUGAUACUUGACUAUUAGAAAGAUGUAAACAACUAUAGAAGUAUUUUAUUUAUAUAGGCAGAAUAUGGAUUCUUUUUUGCAGUCAUUUUUUGUUGCGGCAUUUAUAUUGGUUUAAAUACAAGUUUUAUUUUUCUGUUACCAAGCAUUCCCGGUCUUGAAAUAUUGGUUUAAGGAGAAUUUUCUACAUGGUAAUGAAGUCUUCCUCUACAGACGAGGUUACAAAUUCUGAUGCAACUAAUUUUUUAAAUAAAGGAACACAUCUUUUUCUCUGUAAUUGCUUUAAUAUUGAUAUAUGAUGUGGUCUUUAAUAAUGGAGUCCAUGCUGCAGAAUUUCAUUAUGGCAAGGAGUACACAAGAAGUUGCCGAGGGAUUACUUAAAUUAAAGGCUUAAUAGGUCUGAUCGAUGGUGAUGACGAGUCUGAUCUGUUGCUUCGAACUAACCUUUUGAAACUACGCACUUGCCUCAUAGAAUUCAAUACAACCAAUGGGGAGUGAUCAAUGGCUUGAUGGGCUGGUUUUUGUUGCUGCAAGGGAUGCUAGCUGUUGUUUGCAGCCUGCCUGCAGCAGGUGUUUUUGACCCCCUGCGUGUUUGGUUCUUUGGGACCCUGCUAUUAUGUGACUUUUCCUGGCUUUGUUUUUUGGAGUUUUUUCCUGGCAUUAGUGGAGUGCAGCAGCUGCUGGUGUGUCUGGCAUCAGCUGGUAUGGCGGGAAUGCCGCAGUUUUGCGGUUUUGGGAGUUUUUAGAUAGGUCUGUUAUGCCUUAGUAACCGUUGGUUUGCCUGAGUUUUGUUUAUGUUCCACUUCUCAGUUGGAGUUAGGAAUCUUAGGGGUUUUUUUUAAUUGAGUUUUCCUUUUGGGGUUGAGGUGCCUACUGUUAUAUGGCGCCUUAUUGCACUCUUUUUCCUCCUUUGCGGGACAAUGUACAAAGAAGUGUUCCAGAAUGUUCGAUAGCCUAUUUUAUUAUUCCAUGUUUGUUGUUGUCAGA